GUAUUUACAGGAAGCAGCAUGGAGUUUUCGCGGAAAAAAUGACAUAUUUGGAAUCUUCAACCUGCACUAAUCUCAUUAAAACAUCCUAGGAUGUCAUGUCAUUAAGGGACUGAUAAUGAACACAUCAAAAAGGCCACUAUACUUAAAAGCCAGUUAACAUGGAUGAUCACUACAGAAAAACUGGACUGAUAUGCCAACACUAGAUAGAGAACACCCAUUAGGCCUUUUGUCAGGAAACCAACUAGGUUUUUCAAGGACUACAUGACGGCUACAGCCCAGUUCUCACACUCCUCUUCAAUGCAUUACUGCAAAAAGCCAACAGGUCUGUAUGAAGUCUUCCUCUCAGCCUCAUCUCCUGCUACAUCUGGAGUACCAUAGGGUACAGUCAGCCGGUACAGUCCCAAGCCAGUCUUUUCAUGGUGGAUCUACAAGCAGAGCUCCAGAUAAGGAUUUAGUCUUAAGGACUGAUACGACACUAUGAGUAUCUGUCGAAGACUGUGCAGGGUUCAUCACUUGUAUUUACAAGUAUGCAGACUUAGCUCCAACAUUGGAAGCAUUGGCGAUGUGGAUACAGUAACAAAUGAAGAUGUUACGAGUCCUCAAAUAUCAGCUGAAGAUAAAAAAAACAACAUGUUAUCUUCUGCAAGUUUUCAUUCAGAACUUCAUUCAGACAUAUCAACCGAGAGUGCUUCCAGUUUGUCCAAUUUACAGAUUAAUAACAGGGUCUUGGACUCAACAAAAGAGAUUUCAGACUUUAUGACAAAGAAUGACAUUCCUUUUCGGCAUGGUCAGACUUGCUUUUUUGCUGUUUGCCCAAAAUUUGGUAAAUUGGCCAUGAAGGCAAUGAAAGACAAAGACUGCAUUUACAUAAACUCUAUUUCAGGUUAUUUUCAUUGCAAAAAGUGUGGAGCAAGCGGUGAAUGGUCACAUCUAAAGGACAACAUAGCAUCUAUCCCAAGCAAGUCUGCUGCUAGAAAGACCCAUGUGUGUUUUAAAGAUGUACAACAUGUAAAUUAUGAGGUCGCAGAAUCCCCCAAAGAGGUCACCAACUACCUUGCAGGGGCACAGGACUUCAGUCAGCUCUCAGAUGAAGAAUUCGAAAAUAUUCUCUUUUUAUUUGAUUGGCAGGGUUUACAUAGAGCCACGUUCCAGAAGUAUGGUGUGAAGCUUCAGUUGGAGAAUGGCAAGUACAAGGUGAUAUUUCCUGUGCAGUCCCCACAGGGGGUUGUGACUUCCUUAAGGGUGCGGAGUGGAAGCCUGUCAGAAGAAGGGGACAUCAGUAUCCAACCAGUGUAUAACAUUCCCAGAUCCAAAAAGCAGAGGGACUUGUUUGGAUGGCAGUUAAUGGACCACGCUGCCAAAAAGCAGUCCAAGAACCAGGUUGUGAUCACAGACAGCGAGGUGAACGCCAUGGCUAUCUUUCAGGAGACUGGCAUUCUGUCUAUUGUGCUAGAUAAGGUCUCUCAACUGCCUCAGGAGGUUCUUCCACAUCUUGAGUCGUAUGAGAAGAUCACUCUGUGGCUUGGGAAGGACAUCACAGCCUGGCAGAAUGCCAAGCCAUUCGCACUCAAAUUAAAUGAGAAACGGGUCUUCAUAUUCAGGCCAACAAUUCUGAAGCAGAUGCCACUGGAGUGUGUCCAGUUGGGAUCAUCAAUGCAAGGCGUUCUAGCAGAGGCGUGUCUGAUCAGCCACAAGGACAUCCUGUCAACAUCAUACUUGCGAGACGAGGUGCUGGCAGAGCUCCAACAGUUUGACAAAGUCUGCGGAGUCAAGUGGCGUCGCUAUGAAAAGUUGAAUGAUAUCUUCAAGGGUCACCGACGCGGAGAGCUGACUGUGCUCACAGGACCUACAGGCUCCGGAAAGACCACAUUUGUCUGCGAGUACUCCCUAGAUCUCUGCAUGCAGGGGGUAAACACAUUGUGGGGAAGUUUUGAAAUCAAUAAUGUUCGUCUGAUUAAGUGCAUGCUCCAGCAGUUUGCAGGGAAAAAUAUUGCCAAGCACCUAAAUGACUUUGAUGACAUUUACAACGAGUUCUCCAACCUGCCCAUGUUCUUUAUGCGACACUUCGGCCAGCAGGAUAUCAACCAAGUGAUUGAUGUAAUGACUCAGGCAGUCUACAUACAUGACAUCAGCCAUGUUGUCAUUGACAACCUGCAGUUCAUGAUGGGUAUGGAUUUCAACGAGAUGAACCGCUGGGUCAAACAGGACCAGAUAGUGUCUGCCUUCAGACGCUUUGCCACAGAGAAGAACUGCCAUGUAACCAUUAUCAUGCACCCAAGGAAGGUGCGAGAGGGUGAGGCCCUCUCGACGGCGGCCAUAUUUGGGAGUGCCAAGGUGACCCAGGAGGCAGACAAUAUCAUCCUUAUACAGGACCAGCGACUGGACAAGGUCAACGGAAAGAAAUUUAUUCAGAUUGUGAAGAACCGCUUUGAUGGCGAUCUUGGUAUGCUUCUGCUGAAGUUCGACAAGAACAGUAAUGGCUUCCAGCUUGGCAAGAGAGCUUCUCCCAGACCUAAAGGGGCCCAACCGGACCAGAAAGAGGAGAAAGGGGCCCAACCGGACCAGAGAGAGGAGGAAAUUGACAUGGAUGACUGAGAAUAUGACAUCAGCUUUUUACUGACGUUGUGGCAGGGCUCGAAUUUAACUUUUCUCUCUACUAGCAAAACAUUGCGAGCAGCUUAAAUACCAGCUCGCAAAAUCAAAAACAUUCUCGCAAAAUUUGCUGGAAACAUAAAUAAAAGCAAGUUUGGACAUUAGUUUAGUACUAUUAAAACUAAAUAAAAUAUGACAUCAACCACAAGUUUGGGUGUUAUAUAUGAAGUUCUUUUUUCCCACUUGUUCACUGUUUUCGUGGAAGAAUUUAAUUUCCGUUUUUUUUUCUCUCAACUCAACAGUUAACUUUGCUUUAUAUUUCGUUUUGUUAUUUCAAUCUGUGUGCAAAAAGAAACUAGUUAUUUUUCGCUUCGGCGACAUGACUGUUCAGGUUUUUUGUCCUUUAUAGUGAACAUGUGUGGAUAAUCAACUGUUUCAUGUUCUUUGUACCAAUACCAUCCGCAAAUAUGUACUAUAAGUAUACCAGUCUACAUACAAAGUGCGAGCUUCCGCAUAUGGGUAUUCGGAUGUUCUAUUAAUUAACCUGGGGUUUAGCGUUCACAACGUCGAGCGCAUUUAGCAAUAUAACUCUUUUUUUUCACUAUUUCUUCACUCGCAAAAGAUUUCUAGUGGCUUAAAACUUAACUCGCAAUCGGUAUUUUUUACUCGCAUUUUGCGAGUGUGCGAGUGUUAAUUUCGAGCCCUGUGUGGAUCCAUCAAUAUGACACAAACAUUGAUUUGUCUUUUUUCUGUGUUUUGAGUGAAAGCUAUGGACGGAAUAUUGAUGCUGUGUAUCAGGAAAAUAUUGAAGAUGAUAGUGGUUGUAUAACAGAUUGUUGAAAACUGAUUGACUGGAAAGGAUAGUACUUAAAAGAUGGAUUAUGGGAAUGAGAAUUAUUCUGAUUUCUGCGUGUAACUGCGUUUGUUACCAUGUUGUUGCAGUAAGCGUAUGUAGCAAGACUGGGAUCAUUUACAUUAUGUAUCAUAUUCUAUUUAAAAAUGUAUUUUUGCCAAACAUUUUGUGUGUAUGUUUAUGAGAUCCAUUUUACUUUAAGGUUGCACUAUGUGAGUAAUUGCAGUUUGUUUCAUCUGUCCUACCAAACAAACUUACUUGUCUUUUAAAAUUGUUACAUGAUUUUGAAUGAUUUUUAAUUUUCAGCUAUUUGUAUUAUACUGAGACAUUCAAUUUUGUGGUCAUGUGCUGCUUUAGGAAAGUAAAGUACCAGGGCCGACGUGCAACAGCCGUGUCACUUGAAUCUCAUCAGAUAAAGUUAUUUCAGACUUUGUGUAAACGUUUUACUUGAACAUCUCAGUAAGACAAGUGUUAUGGUAAAUAAAAUCAUGUUAAAAGAAUAUUUAAACACAACCACUUUUAGGUAUGUUUCUAUUGCAGGAAGCAGUUUGCCUUAACGUAAAAAAUUACAAAGAAAUGUAUCCCGGGUACUCUCUGGGUUAUUGCUUCCUAUAGGUGCUUAUUAUGUUACUUAUUUCAAAUCAUAUAAGCUCAGUUGAAUUAUCCGAAGGGAUAUUAAAUAAUUAUAACUCUCUGAUUAUACUCCUUUAAUUGACGUUUCGGCAUAAUGCCUUUAUCAAAACAAUGGAAAUAAUAUGUUAACUACAUUUUUACGUCUUUUGACUGCACAAUUUAAAUAACAAAGAAAAAUAACAAAGGAGUAUAAUCAGAGAGUUAUUUCAAAUCAAUUUAAAUGGUGAUCACCUAUCCUUACAUAAAUUUAGAUUAAAGUAUAAACGUCUCUUGUCAGAAUAUAAUGUACCUGUCAUUAGUGUAAAAUAAGAAGUUUGUAUAUAGCUUUGCUAGAACUGGUAUACAUAUAGAACUCAAUAUGUAUGUGAAUCACCAGUUUGUAUAUAUGUAUAUGCUAGAACUGGUAUACAUAUAGAACUCAAUAUGUAUGUGAAUCACCAGCUGUAUAUAUGUAUAUGCUAGAACUGGUAUACAUAUAGAACUCAAUAUGUAUGUGAAUCACCAGUUUGUAUAUAUGUAAAUGCUAGAACUGGUAUACAUAUUGAACUCAAUAUGUAUGUGAAUCACCAGCUGUAUAUAUGUAUAUGCUAGAACUGGUAUACAUGUACAUAUAGAACUCAAUAUGAAUGUGAAUCACCAGUUUGUAUAUAUGUAAAUGCUAGAACUGGUAUACAUAAAGAACUCAAUAUGUAUGUGAAUCACCAGCUGUAUAACAAAGAAUCGAAUGAUCCAUAUUUUUAUCAGUAUUAUGUAUUACGUGAUAAGUUGCAUGAUUGAGUUGAGAAUCUGUCAAGUUGAUAAAUAUGCGUUGUUUUUAUUAGCGAGGUUGUUUUCAGAGAAAACCCAAGCUAUUGUCAUAGUCUGCUCGUCAUCCGCCAUAGGCGUCGUGCUAAAACCUUAACAUUGGCUCUAAAAUCAAAGUGCUUCCACCUACAACUUUGAAACUUCAUAUGUUGGUGCACUUUGAGGAGUUCUACACGCCACACCCAUUUUUGGGUCACUAGGUCGAAGGUCAAGGUCACUGUGACCUCUAACAUCAAACUUUAACAUAGGCUCUAAAAUCAAAGUGCUUCCACCUACAACUUUGAAACUUCAUAUGUAGAUGCACCUUGAUGAGUUCUACACGCCACACCCAUUUUUGGGUCACUAGGUCAAAGGCCAAGGUUACUGUGACCUCUAAUAUAAAAUUUAUACAAAAACAUUAAAAUUGCCUCUAAAAUCAAAGUGCUUCCACCUACAACUUUGAAACUUCAUAUGUAGAUGCACCUUGAUGAGUUCUUCAUGCCACACCCAUUUUGGCUCACUAAGUCAAAGGUCAAGGUCAUUGUGACCAAAAAAAAAAAAAAUCUGACAAGCUUUCGCAGCCGAGCGUUGCACCCGUUAUGUUGUGCUCUUGUUCUUUACUUUAUUAUUACUUUAAGAGAAUAUUUUGGAUAAGCAUUGUCGGUUGUUUUAUACGUGUAUACUGAAUCACACAUAAUAAACUGUGAUAAACUACA